AUGGCGGCAUCACUGUUUACUUUCUCCUCCACCUCAAGAAGAGUCAUCCCAGCUCCAAACUCUCCCUCUUUUCCCAUAUACAUCAAAGCCACAAAUGUCGUCUUCAACCCUGAUAUACCAGAUGUUCAUCACGGUCUUGGACUUGAUGAUUUUGUCAAUUUUCUAGCAUCUUGCAGACUUGAAUAUGCUAUCAAGGAGGUUCCAUCAGAUUUCUUUCCCGAACAAGUAUGUGACUUCUACUACACCGCAACAGUCAAUAAUGAAAACAACAUCAUCUCCGGCACUAUUGGGCGUGGCCGUCGCUCAAUUUUCAUCAACGCUGAUCUCCUCCAUACUGCACUCAGGUUACCAAUUUUUGAACCAUUCUCUGAGCUUCCAACUAUUGAACGUUGCCGACGCCUCUUUGACCAACUGGGCUAUGAUCACUCCAAGGCUAGUGCUCGACCAGCUCUCAUUCUACGUCAAUGUAUGACUCCUGGAUGGAAGUUCUUCACCGGGGCACUUUGUAAGUGCAUAGGUCACAAAUCUCGCAGUGGUGAUCAACUGAGUGCUUUUGAGCAACAAGUGGUAUGUUCACUUCUCCUCAACAAGCGUAUUGAUUAUGGGGCUUUCUUCUUCGAUCAGCUUGCCCAACUUCUUCGGGCCAAUGAUGAUCCACUGGCUAAUGACAUCGGCAUCUCUGAUCGGAUGCAAGAAUGGAUCGCGAAUCCAUAUACCGUUCCUUCACUAAACGCUGACACUGACGAAGGAGCUGCUGAUAAUGACGAAAUUCAUGCUGAAAUACAAGCUGAAAUUCAAGAAGGUGGUCAUAUCUCCCCUCAACUUUCUCAUCAUACUAUUUCUGUCACUGAAAGGGGGGAGCAACCAUCUCAGGGGGAGCAGCAUCGAUCACAAGAAAUUCCAGGUACUCAGCUCAUUCAAAUUUUGGCCUCAGCAUUUAAUGAGCUUCUUACACUGACUCGAGAUAUGAGUCAGCGUCUUCUACGUAUUGAGGUUGAUGUCAACCAACUGAAGGGAGUUAUUCUGUCAAUUCCUUCCCCUGGCCCAAAUGAUGAUGAUGAUCAAAAAGGGGGAGAAACUAAUUCUGUUGAUAGAACCUGUGAGCAUGGAUCUGGGGGGGAACAUUGUAAAAAAGACUGA